AAGGUAGAUGUAAACAGUUCUACGAAACCUACGGACAGCAAACAAUGUCACGCUCUUGUCUUGUCGCGUGUUACCUACUCCUGGCCCUUGGCCUUCGCCAGGCAUGUGCGAUGGCUGCAGAUCCAAAUGGUCGUGUUGUGGGAGGUGUGGCGGCAGCCGCAAAUAGUGCUCCCUACGCCGUGUCCAUGCAGUACCAAGGAACUCACUAUUGUGCCGCCAGCAUCCUGAAUACCAACUGGCUGGUGACGGCCGCCCAUUGCCUGACGAACAGCGCUCAAGUGCUGGGAAGCACUUUGGUCGCAGGAAGCAUUGCAGUGGCGGGAACGGCUAGUACAACCCAAAAGCGCACCAUUACCUACUUCGUAGUCAACGAUUUGUACACCGGGGGGACUGUGCCCUACGACAUUGGUUUGAUUUACACUCCGACAGCGUUUAUGUGGUCAGCUGCAGUGGCUCCUGUUAGCCUUCCCGCAUCUGGCCAGGUGCCAACGGGUACGGCCAGCUUAUAUGGCUGGGGAAGCACCAGUACAACCAAUACGGCUUCAUAUCCCUCAACACUCCAAGUAGCCAAUAGUCUGCCAAUCAUCAGUUUGGCCUCGUGUGAAGCUGCUUUGGGCACUAAAGGAAGCGAUGUUCAUUCAACGAAUCUAUGCACUGGUCCACUUACUGGCGGCGUCAGCAUCUGCACCUCGGACUCUGGAGGUCCUUUGGUCCAAGGCAAUGUCCUUAUUGGUAUAGUUUCCUGGGGCAAGCUGCCCUGCGGCCAGGCCAACUCUCCGUCAGUUUAUGUGCAAGUCUCUUCGUUUAUAUCCUGGAUAUCGACCAAUCAAGUGGCACCAAGCUAAGUUUGCUUAGUCUGAAAUAAGCAGGAGUUUUCAUAUUAAUAAAAUCAAAGCAAUACAGCAUUUAA